AUGCGUUUUUCCUCUGCCGUCCUCGCCCUCGCGGCUGCUUUUGGCGCCGUUGAUGCUGCUCCUUCACCUGCCAACACCGGUCUGAGGGGUUUCAAUUAUGGCGCUUUCUUCCUCAACCAGCAGGCAAAGGUGCAGAACGACUUUGCCUAUGAGUUCAAGCGUGCGAAGGCAUUGCCCGGUACUAGCGGCUGGACAAGCGCUCGCUUGUAUACUAUGGUCCAAUGGGGAACCAAGUCCGAUAUAAUCCAAGCUAUCCCAGCCGCCAUCGACACCAACACUAAGCUGCUCCUCGGUCUCUGGAUUUCCGGCGGCACACAGUCCUUGGACAACGAGAUCGCGGCUCUUAAGGCCGCCAUCGCCAAGUAUGGCACGAAGUUCACCAACCUCGUCGUAGGUAUCUCGGUUGGUAGCGAGGAUCUCUACCGAGAUGCUGCCGGCGAAGUAGGCACAACGUCCGCAUACUUAGUCAGCUCCGUCAAGAGAGUUCGCAGCGUCAUCGCCGGCACGGCGUUGGCUGGUGUGCCCGUCGGCCACGUUGACACCUACGACUCGUUUCUGAACGGAACAAACAAGGCCGUCAUCCCCGCUAUCGACUUCAUCGGCUUCGACGGCUACCCGUACUGGGAGAGCACCAAGGCCAACAGCAUUAACGAUGCCAUGACUCGUUUCUACGACGGCUACGACAAGACGGUCAAGCUCGCCGGCAGCAAGCCCGUCUGGGUCACCGAGACCGGCUGGCCCAUCACCGGCAAGAAGAACAACCUCGCCGUCGCCAGCGCCGCCAACGCCCGCAUCUACUGGCAGAAUAUCGCCUGCACUCUCCUCCAGAAGAAGAUAAACGUCUUCUGGUACGAUCUCCAGGAGUCGCAGUACGGUACUGCGAAUCCCGACUUCGGCAUUUUCGGCCCCGGUGACCUGGGAACGCUCACGCCUCGUCACUCGCUCGUUUGCGUAAGAUAA